UCCGUGUCUUCCAUUUCUCUCUCUGCCCCAAGGUGUUUGGUCUGCCUUAAUUCUAUCUCUCUCCUUUCUUUUCCUCUGCCUUUCUCUCUCCGUCUGUCCGUCUGUCUCUCUCCUUUUCUUUCUGAAGAGUGAUACUUCCCCCCUCCUUUGAAAUAAGAGAGAAGAACAGGUCAUGGGCUGGUUUAUCUGUGGUGGAAAGGCAAACAAAAAUGCCAAGAAACUCCACAGGAAACAGCCUGAUGAUAUCAACGAAGCCAAACAACAGCAGAAGAAGAAGCUUGAUGAUCAGAUCCCGUCUUCUUCAGAUAAAAUAAAGACAAUUAUCACCCAAGAGUUGAAGGAAAUUCCCAGGCCAAAGGAGGGAGGAUCGGAUCACAUUGCCGCACAUACAUUUACAUUCCGUGAGUUGGCUGCAGCAACUAAGAAUUUUAGGGCAGAUUAUCUUCUGGGUGAAGGAGGUUUCGGGCGGGUAUAUAAAGGAAGAUUAGAUAGCACCAAUCAGGUUGUCGCUAUCAAGCAACUUGAUCGAAAUGGCCUGCAAGGAAACAGGGAAUUCUUGGUUGAAGUACUGAUGUUGAGCCUACUUCAUCAUCCUAACCUAGUGAACUUGAUUGGCUAUUGUGCUGAUGGAGACCAGAGACUCUUGGUAUACGAGUACAUGCCAUUAGGAUCUUUGGAAGAUCAUCUACAUGACCUACCACUAGAUAAAAGGCCACUCGAUUGGAACACAAGGAUGAAAAUCGCAGCUGGUGCUGCAAAGGGUUUGGAGUAUCUGCACGACAAGGCUAACCCUCCGGUUAUAUAUCGGGAUCUGAAAUGCUCGAACAUAUUGCUUGAUGAAAGUUUUCACCCAAAGUUGUCUGAUUUUGGUUUGGCGAAAUUGGGCCCCGUUGGUGACAAGACGCAUGUUUCUACAAGAGUGAUGGGCACUUAUGGAUACUGCGCGCCAGAGUAUGCAAUGACAGGUCAGCUUACAUUAAAAUCAGAUGUAUAUAGCUUUGGCGUUGUUCUUCUUGAGAUUAUCACUGGAAGGAAAGCCAUUGACAACUCGAGAGCUGCCGGGGAGCAUAACCUGGUUGCAUGGGCUCGACCGUUGUUUAAGGACCGAAGGAAGUUUGCACAGAUGGCUGACCCGUCACUACAAGGACAUUACCCAGUAAGGGGAUUGUAUCAAGCUCUAGCUGUUGCUGCAAUGUGUGUUCAAGAACAGCCGAAUAUGAGACCUCUCAUUGCCGAUGUUGUUACUGCCCUGACUUACCUUGCCUCCCAGAAGUAUGAUCCGGAGAGCCAGCCAGCCCGUGCUGUUGCAGGAGGGGGACUCUCGACUCCUAGAGCUAGAAGGGAAUGAUGGUAAAAAGCUGUUUCUGUUUGGUAGGAAACGAAAGAGAAUUGGUGAUGGUUUCUUCCAGACCAUCUGGAUCCUCAACCCUCUUGUAUAAGGUUGCUGUGACAACGCAGUCCUCUUUAAACAAGGAGUUGAAGACAUAGAUGAAAGAAGGACAAGAAAAAUACUUCUGGAGAGCAGGGAGUUCAUGUGGGCAAUUGGGGACUUGGUUUUAGGAGCUUUCAGCAAUUUGGAGAAGAAGAAGAGGUUAUUAGCUGCUGCGUUCAAGAAUUUUGGUGUCUACUCAGGGAAACAAAGGUGAGGUGCAAUGAGCAAGAUGAAUGGGAGAUCAAAUUGGGUCUUUUUUACCUUUCCCCCUCUUUUUUAAUCUCUUUGGUUUCCUAUUAUAUAUUAUCUGUUCUUUUCUCUUCUUUUCUCUCUCUCUCUCUCUCUCUUUUUUACAUUCAUCCCUGCUGUAUCUGCCUUGCCUUGGCUAGCCCUGUUUUGACCAAAAUUUUCCAUUGUACAAUUCCUAGCUCUGGGGCUUUUUGUAUCUAUAGUUCAGAUUUAUUUCUUCUUUCUAUACAGAGACAUACAACCUACUGUGGUUACAUGAAAGACUCUUCUCAUUCUCGUCUUCCAUCUUAUCCCCGUAACGAUUUGAUUAUAACGUCAGUUCAAAGUGAAUAAUAACAAUAU